AUGGAUAUUAUAAAGGGAAACUUAGAUGGAAUUUCAAAACCAGCCUCCAAUUCAAGAACACGUCCUGGGAGCAGAGAUUCAAGUACUUCUUUGGAGGUGCUCUCACCGGAACCAGCAUCCUUCAAGAUUGAUACUGCAAUCAACUUGAACUUUGGUAAAGAGAGCAACUCAGACAGCAGUAAUGCAGAGGAAAGUAGAAACAAUAAUGAUGAUAAAGGGGAAAAUGAGAAACCAAAAAUGGUGGAGGAAGAGUCAGAUGAAGAUCUGAACUUUGUUCAACAUCAGACAGCCUCUGAAUGUUCAGAUGAACCUGAAUUAAAAGAAUUAGAUUCUCAACUUCAAGAUGCUAUUCAGAAGAUGAAGAGGCUUGAUAAGAUAUUGGUGAAGAGACAAUAUAGAGAAAAAGAAAUUAAGAAGCAAGGUCUAGACAUGAGAAUAAAGCUGUGGGAAGAACUUAAGUCUGCAAAAAAUAGUGAAGCAUUGCAAAGUAACGAGGAGAUGGAAAAUACCAAAAAGUUUCUAGCUUUGACUCCUGCAUCAGAAGGAACUGCCAAUCCUACUCACUGUGAGCUUGAAGACACGUUUUUCUCAGUGUUUCACACUCAGGUCCCUCCAGAAGAAUAUGAAAACCAUAUACAGAAUGACAAUCAAGAUUUUACUUAUGAUGUGGAAGGAAACGAUUCAUUAAUCAAAGCAGAAAAGAAACCUUUUUCAAAUACAGAAAACAUUGAGCUCAGGGGUAAACACAGCCAAGAUUUUAUUAAGCGAAACAUUGAGUUGGCCAAGAAUUCAGGAAAGCCCGUGGUCAUGACUGACAGAGAGAAGAAAAGGCUGAUUGAACUUUUAAAGGACUUAGAUGAUGGAGAUUCGGGGCUGUCCUGUCCUGAGGGUGAUGAGUCUGGCUGGCUGGUCCCAGGAGAAGGAUACACACUUGCAAUCACCCAGCACCAGCAGCUUGCUGAAAUAGACACAAAGCUCCAAGAACUUUCCGCAGCCUCACCAACAAGUUCUGGCUUCUCUCUGAAACUUGAAAACCAGAGUGACCAGGAACCUGACCUUAAUGUUGAUGAUAGAAAUAUGGAAAUAACACCAGGAGAAAAGGUGCUUCAGAACACCAAAGAGCAACGGGAUCAGCAAAACCGGCUGAGAGAGAUAGAUGAUAAACUAAGGAAGCUGAAGGAGAGUGUGUUAGAUUCAGCAUCACUUCUCUCUGAGGAACAGUUAAGGUGUCUUCUGGAUGAAUGCAUACUCAAACAGAAGUCUGUGACUAGACUUUCUUCAGAAAGAGAAAAGGAAGACCUUGAGGAUAUAACACCGGAGGUCCCCUGUCUUUCCAGAUCUAUCCUUUCUGAGCUCCUAAAUGGGUUAGAAACAAAAUUCACAGAGGUGAAAGAUGCAGAUAUGCUGGAGAAUGUGGAAUGUGAAACAUGUACAGGCUACUAUCUCACCAAAGCCUUGACUGGGCAUUUCAUGUCCCGGGCUCUUGUCAUCGAAGCAGAGAAUUUGAAAUGCCUCCAACUUUCUGAGGACAAGGUUAUUUGUGACACAAAAGACUAUUUUAUGUCGAAGACCCUUGGCAUUGGAAGACUGAAAAGGCCCUCUUUCUUGGAUGAUCCACUGUAUGGCAAAAAUGUGAGCCUUUCAUCCGAAGACCAACAUCUGAAAGUCAGCCCUCCAGAGAAACCAGAAAUGGAUGAAUAGGAGACUGAAGAUGUGAUGGAAGAAUGGAAAAAAUCUUAAAGACUUGCUGGGUGUGCUUUUAAGAAAGUUGGUAAAUUAAAUUACUUUUUUUUUGAAUCCUUAUAUUCAGUGACUGCAUUUAUGGAGACCACUGGUCAAACACUGACUUUAAUAUUUGGAUUCUCUUCCUGGAUUAUAUUUCUUUGAUAUUUUUGAGACUUGGGGUACAAUUGGUCAAUGGCUUUCUCCAUUGAAAUUCCUGGUAAAAUUGUGUUUUAUUGCUAAUCUUGUAACAUCAGGGAUACAUUACAGAAAUCACCAUUUUAUGUAUGUGUGUGCUAUGUUAAAAUUAGUUGAAGUGCUAUUAUGACUUUGUAUUUGAUUUUAUGUGUUACAACUUCAUUGGGACUCCAGAUUUAAUCACUGAAUUCUUAUUUGGGCCCUGAUGUUCUGGCUUUCCUCCUCUCUAAUGCCUGGUAAGUACAACUUGCCAUAGAAAAAAAAUAAUUUUCUCAACAAAGCAAUGUUAGCAUAGGCUUUGCUUUCUUAUUAGCAAUGAUACUUUGCUUAAACAGGAGUUUGAAUUACUUUAUUUUUUUUAUUAUCAGUUAUAAUCUUUCAGAAUGCAGCAAAUAUAUCAUCCUGUUGGAGAGAGUAUAUAUACAUCAGAAUUUUGAGCAGAGGUUCAAUGCUUCACUUUGAUUGAACCAGUUUAAUCACAUUCACAUCUCUGACGCAAAUUCUGUGGCCAGAGGAUGGAUUAUGAUGAUUGGUGUAGUCAAGGAGUCAUGCUUACUUUCCUAGAUGGGAGUUGGGUCAAUCUCCCUGGAAUAGCAUGUAGAAACUAGGGACAAUAGUAAAAAGUAAGCGGUUGCAAGGAGUGCUUAGGAGGAAGCAAACAUAUAUCUACUGCAGUUACUAACCUACUGUCUCCCAAUAAGAAUACUAUGGUGAACCCUCUAAUUUUAAAUAUCAUGAAGGCUGGAGGGGAUAAGUAAAAAAUAUUUAUUAAAAUAUUAAAUAAUUUGUUGCUGCUCCUCCACAUUAGACUUACAGAUGUCAUAGAGACAACCACCUUCUAGUUAAUAAUUUAAUAUACAACUAUUAUGAAGAACCAUAUAAAGAAGUCUUCUAAAUCUUCUUUUUGGUCAUGCUUAUGCUACACUGGUAAUAGAUGGACAAUACCCUUAAAUACAUGGUCAUUAAUCAAAAUGCCAUAAAUACCAUAAAGAGGGGGCAAAGGGAAGAUACUGAUAUUUUUUUCCAGAGUGCCCUGAAACUUAGAAUGCAGCAAAUAAAGAUUGGCUAUUUAAGAAAAUUUCUAUUUUAAAAGUUUUGUCGAGUUCCAAGUAAGUCAUUGGAUUCACAAGA